AUGCAAGUGACCACGUUGCCACGGAUAGCAGAAUCCUUUUGCCAGGUGAGAAGAAACGGGACGUUGUGCACUGAAGACUGCCCGGAUAUGCUGCUCCUUUGCCCGGCAAGCGAGUGUUUCGGUGAUGCGAUGAACCUUACCUGGUACCAGGAGGCCAACACUGCGAAGAAGUCCUACAACCAGGCCUUCGUGGGAGCCUCCCUGAACCAGGAGUGUCUGAACAUGAUGCAGUUCGCCACAAGCCCUGUGGAUGCAGUUCAUCUCAUCUACACGCGGAAUAGUGACUCGACUUUAGCAGUCAACGAGGACUGCAAGGUAUUAAGCUGUCGUGUCCUUGCCAACGCAUUAUACCUCAUGACGGACUUGGAGAAUGGUGGAGCCAAUUGCACGAACCAGUUUCAGAUCAAAACGCCCGAAGAAGCGAGCGUCUGUCCUUGCUCGAGCUUGCUUGCCGAGAUCGAUUCCACGGUACAGGCGGAGAUCGACAGUGUUUGUGGCUCGCGACUUCUGAAGGAUGGAUGCGGCAAAUAUGCCACUACGCCAAGCUGGUGCAACUCGACAGGCGGCAGGCGACUGGAUCUGCUGGAAACUUCGGAAGCGACAGAGCUUCCAUGCAAGACGCCAUCCUGGCAAGAGCCAGCGGAGUUGGCAUCCUUCUUGAACGUUUCAUCUGAGAGGCAGCUUCAGCAGGUGAACAGCGAUGCACCACCAUGGACCGUCGGCCCAUGGUCCACAUGCAAGUGCUUUGAGCAGUGCAUGCCGGGGCUGCGGUCGCGCAUCGUCCAGUGUGGCGGAAGCGUGUGCAGGGGCAGUCAACCUGAGAGCACUCAGGAGUGCACGUGCUCACACUGUGCGCUCUGCCAGCACGCUGAGAUUGUCUUGCACAUCAGCUUGAUCAUCAACUUCUCCCAGGCUGGGAUGGCGCUCAUCCUGGGCCUGGCUUUGGGCUACUUUGGCUCGCUGGGUGAGGAGAAGCUCAUCAAGAUCAGCCUGUUGUCGAAGCUGGCUGGCUUCUUCUGCAAGAAUUUGCCCAUGCUGGAGAACCUUGCCGAUCUUGUGAGCUUGGGUCUUUUCGUUUGGCUGGUUAUCAUCACCUACAUCCCGCCCAUCUUCGAGUUGUACUGGAUGCAGGACUGCUUCAAGAACGAGCUCUUGCGGGUGUCCUGCUCUAUUCCACUCCUCCUGUGGCUUUGUAGACUGAUGCUGGGCCGAUGUGCCAAGCGGUACACUCGGGUACCUCCGCAGCUCUACUCCCCCGUGCGACGCCUGCCUAUGGGGAUCCGGCACCUCAACGCUUUCAUGCGCUGCCUCGGGCCCGUCUGA